GAGUCAACACAAGAAAUUAAAGGAAAAAGCUAGCUAAUUUCGUAAGUUAAGGCCGAUUGAUUUGUUAUAAAUAGAAUACUAGCCACAAGCUAAGACUGCAAACCGAAACAUUAGUCUUAUUAUAAGUUAAUAUCUAUUUUGUGAUUUGUGAGAAUUAUACGAUGAGUAUUUUUGUAGUGGGGUUUAUUUUUAUGCUCUUGUUUCCCACAACUGCAAAUGUGGUGAAUUCAUAUGAGAGUAGUAAUACACCUCAAUGCAUACCCAAAGAGAGAGAGGCUCUCUUAAAGUUUAAGACCACUUUAAAUGAUUCUGAAGGUGAUCUCUCCACAUGGUCCAAUAAUAGCACCAAUCAAAAUUGUUGCAAAUGGAACUACAUCAGUUGUGACGACCAAACCAAUCAUGUUGUUUAUGUUGAAGUUGGUGGAAUUUACACACUUGGUGGCGAGAUUGACUCUUCGUUGGCCGAACUGCAUCAUUUGAACACAUUGAAUCUCUAUGGGAUGAACAUUAGUCAUAUUCCAAAGUUUAUCGGCUCUUUCAAAGAGCUUAGUUUUCUUAAUCUUUAUGACAAUCCAAUAAGUGGAAUUAUUCCUCCACAACUUGGAAAUCUCACUCAAUUGGAAUCUCUUCAUCUUGAAAGCACUUCUCAAAUGACUAUUGACAACCCUGGAUGGCUCUCCCAACUUACUUCUCUAAAUUCUCUCAGCUUAUCAAAUUGUCGACUUCUCAAGGUACCUGAUCAUACUUCAUCGUCAUCUCUUUCCCAUUCAAACUAUUCCUUCACUUCUCUUCAAAAUCUUGAAAUCUCUCAAAGUUUUAUACAUCCCACAACAAUUACUUGGUUACUAAAUUCUACUAUUAACCUAGAAUUCAUAAGGUUAGGUGACAACAAUCUUAGUGGAACAUUAUUACAUAAUCUUCUUGGAAAUAUAUCAAGUUCCACCAGGAAUUCCUUACACUAUUUGUACUUGAGUUCUAACCAACUUGGUGGGUUGAUUCUUAAUGACUUUGAAAACACCUUUCCUUCUUUGACUGAUCUUUAUCUUGACAAUAAUCAAUUGGAAGGUCAUUUUCCUAACCGUUUGAAAACAUUUCCCAAUCUUGUAAAUCUAGAUAUAAGUCAUAACCAAUUCAUAGGAGUAUUGCCUGACCUUUCAUCAAUGCCAAAUCUAACUAAUUUCAAAGCAUCCAACAAUAAGUUUAGUGGUACUUCAAGUGAAAGUAUUGGCAAGCUUGACAAUUUAAGCUACUUAGAUGUCUCCUCAAAUUGUCUUAGUGGGUAUAUCUCUCAUGUAGUAAAUCUACAAUGCCCGAGCUUGAAGUACCUAGAUAUUUCCUAUAACUUAGAUAUGUUAUUGAAAUUCAACUCCAAAUAUCCUAUCAUCCCCUCAUUUAAAUUGGCAACAAUAAAUUUGGCUUCUUGCAAGUUAGGUCCUGAAUUUCCUAAUUGGCUCCUAACCCAAACAAAUCUCAAACAUCUAGACAUUUCUAAUUCAAGUAUUUCUGGUCCUCUUCCUAAUUGGUUCCCAAAUAUAACUUCCAACUUAUAUUAUUUAAAUAUGUCUCACAACCUUCUUAGCAACACCUUGGCCAAUUUUUCACUUUCACAAGAAAAUAAUGUAAUAGUUGACUUAAGUUCGAACCAAUUCCAAGGUUCUGUCCCACCUUCUCUUCUUGUUAACACAACCCGCUUGUAUCUUUCCAAUAACAAGUUCACUGAAUUCAGUUCUUCCCUAUGUGAAGCAAAAGAGCAGGCCAGGUCAACAGAAAUACUUGACCUCUCUAAUAACAAUUUAUUUGACAAUAUUCCUAAUUGUUGGGAGAAUUUCACACAAUUGGUUGUACUUAAUUUAGGAUACAAUAAGUUAUUCGGAAAUAUCCCUAACUCUAUUAAUAUGACAAGUAUUAAAACUUUACAAUUAAGGCACAAUAACUUUUCAGGAAAGUUUCCUUCCUCGUUGAAAUAUUGCACUUCACUUGAAGUUCUAGAUUUGGGGAGCAACAGUUUGGAAGGUUCAAUACCCUCAUGGAUUGGAGAAGAACUAAACAACUUAGUUUUUCUCAGUUUGAAGUCAAAUAAGUUUUAUGGAAGUAUCCCAUUGAGUCUUUGUCAGCUUACUCAAAUACAAAUAUUAGAUUUCUCUUCUAAUGAUUUAUCAGGACCCAUUCCUUCUUGUAUUAAAAAUUUCACUGUAAUGGUUCAAAUAAAUUCUUUAGAGACGACCAUCUCUUCACACAUAAAAAUACGUUUUAGAAAAUCUUGUGGUUUAGAUCGUGCUUGUAAUCUUGGUCCCGUUUCUUAUGAAAAUAAUGCAUCAAUCACAUGGAAAGGGGCACAACAUGAGUAUGUGAAGAUUUUGGGAUUACUAAGAGUUAUUGACUUAUCAAGUAACAAAUUGAAUGGAGAGAUUCCUAUGGAAGUGACUCAUCUCUCUCAGUUGGGUGCACUAAAUUUAUCAAGGAAUAAUUUGUCUGGAAAAAUUCCUAGAAAGAUUGGGAAACUGACCAACCUACAAGUGCUUGAUUUUUCCUACAAUAAAAUAAAUGGUGAAAUUCCCACAAGCUUAGCUGAAGUAUCUUCUUUGAGUUACUUGGAUCUAUCAAAUAAUCGACUGUCAGGAAGAAUCCCUACUGGUACUCAAUUACAAAGCUUCAAUGCUUCUGCAUAUUCCAUGAACCUUGGUCUUUGUGGAAAUCCUCUACCAAGUUCAUGUCCCGGAGAUGAUGAUGAUGAGUCUUCACAUGUUCCGGCUUCCAAUUCAGCUCGUGAUGAUGAUGGUGGAGAAUGGUUUGACUUGUCGUGGUUUUACAAGGGAAUCAGAGGUGGAUUCACUAUUGGAUUUUGUGGUGUUUGCGGAAACUUGUUAAUCAAUAAGUCUUGGAGAGCUUCCUAUUUUCGAUUGAUGCAAAAUAUAGGAGACUGGCUUUAUGUGGUGAUUAUCAUUAAAUGGAAUUUUUUGAGGAAAAAAUUUUUGGGGCACUAAAUAGGACCUAUAAUAACUCUUUUGUGAAGACAAGAAGGUAAAUGUUUUGUAUAUAUAAUUAUUCUAUUUUAUUUUCAGUUAAAAGUAUAAAUUUAUUAGGUCACAUGCCAAGUUUCCAAUCGUCUAAAAUCAAAUAGUUUUUAUUUAUUAAUAUAUUUUUUCAUUUUCUUUUAUCUAUCAUUAAUUUUUAGUGCUGAAAGAAAACUGAAAAGUAGAGCUUGAAAGCUAAUAAUGUUAUGUUAGAUUUGAUACUUAAAAAUAAAAAUAAUUCUAACUUAUAAUUUUAAAUGACUAUAAAUUAUUAUAUAAUGAAUGUUUUUGGUGAUUUCUGUAUUUUAAUAUAAUGCUUUUUUUUUUUUUUUGUUUGUUUAAUAGAUAUCUAAUGAUGUGGAUGAGCAGAUUUAUUUAGAAGAAAAUGUAAUAAAAAUAUAUUAAUGAUCUGAAGGGUUUUGUUUUUUCAGUUUGUUUUCGUGAUCAAUAAUUUGUACUGUAUUUCUUUUAGUAUUGUGUAUCUGAGCUUAGUGUACGUAAGCCAAUAAUAAAAGUGUCUUAUUAAUUUUCUUUUGUUUAGAAUAUAUGUAGUAAUAAUUAAGGGAAAUUUAUAACAAUAUAUACAUUAUCAAAUUUUAUUACAUUAAAAAGUUGUACAUUUCUUUAACUAUAUUGAGAAACAAUAUUCUCAUCUUUAUGUAAAUACUAUAUAUAUAUGGAAAUAAAUUUGUAUAUAUACUAAUUUAAUUUAGUUUUAGCCUUGUUAUAAUUAAUUAGUUCAUCUUGAUAUAAUACGAUUUUAUUAUAUUAUUAAUGAAUUAAUCUUAGUCCUUAUUGUUAAAUAUUAAUUCUUGUCUUCAGCUGAAACUUCAACCUCCGAGAGAUUCUUUGGAUACCUAGAACUUGCAAUGGUGUGGCACAUUCUGUGGCUCAAUGGGCAAAUCGAAACAACAAGUUUGGUUUUAUCGAUUUGGCCAGUUUUGACGAGUUCUUGCAAUUGUGUUCUGCAUAUGGUCGUGUAUUUUCUUAGUUUGUUCUCUCUGAGUCUGUUUUCGUUUAGUUUUUUUCAGCUAGUUGUUAGUUUUUUCUCUGUGUUUUUGUUUAGUUUCUGUUCUUGGUGUCUGUUCUUUGGCCUAGGGCCUGCUUUGUUUUGCUGGAACCUUUAAUAAAAUAAAAUAUUAUUGUACGCGGAAUGUAUUGACUUAUAAAUAAUGAUCAAAAGUUCUUAUUCUUGA